AUGCAUGACGACAAACCAGAUGAUAUUUCGAAAACGGGAAUUUCAUUUCACUGGGAUAAAGAUGAGGAUCUGAGGCUGAUGGCCGGAGGGAAUCUCUAUUUACACCCUCACAUAUCGACAGUAACUUACAUGACUGGGUUAGGAAGUCCAACACUAAUUGCCAAUAGUAGAAUUAAUCCCCUUUCAGGCGAAUGGAUGGUGCCUGGGGAAGAGGGCUCUGAGGAGAAACAAGUAGAAGGCCUUGUGAGUUGGCCUACACAGGGCAAACACAUGAGCUUCGACGGAAGGUAUCUACACGCGGCACUUCCAGCCCUCAUGCAACCAGGUGAGUUUGAGAAACAAAUUCAUUUCGAGGAUAGCAAAGAUCCGAAAGAGCAGAAGCUCUUGAAACGAAGGCACCGCCGUGUUACGUUCCUCGUCAAUAUAUGGUUGAACUAUACACCCUUCAAUGUGGAGCCUUUCCCUGAUACUAUGGUCGACAAGCUUAGCGGGUUGAAGGUCAGUGAACGAAAAAGUCUCGAAUUUCAACCAGAAGGUUCGGUACCCACAACAUCCAUUUCAACAAACCGCACAAAAGUAAUGGAUCUCAAAGAUAAUAAGACCAUUGAAGAGAAGCCAACGGAAUUCACUUGGCCGAUGGGGGACUGCGACUCACAGGAAAGAAUACGAAUGAGUUUGCCCCUUGAAACGAUUCGCAGUCAAGCUAACAGGGGAGGCAACGUCAGGAUUCAUUGGGAUACAAACGCAGAUUCAUGCUUCAGCUUACACAAGGGACCUCUAGAAGCGAAAAAGCGUAGUCAAGAAGAUGAGAAUGCUGAUGAAUCUGUCAAACGUUCACGGAAAUCGUAA